UCCACUGCGGUCCACUGCUGAUACCUCAUCUUUCCAAGCAAACGCUAACUCAAGAGUCAAGACUCUGCCUUGGGAUUCUACAGUCUUCGAUCAUACUGCCCAGCAAGAACUUCCGAAAAGCCCUAAUUCUCCUCAGUAAUGUGCUCUUCUUCUUUACCAUCUACAUUCUCUCUACUCCUCACGAAGUCUCCUUCGAUUUCACGGCGUCGGAAUGUAAUUUCCCCCAAGUCGCAUCUGUUCCUCGGCCAUCUCAGGCCCACCAACUCUACAUUUCGUCUUACCGCGUCAUUUACCGACAGAGACCUCGAGCUCUCCUCCUGGUUUCAUCCCGACCAGCCCAACAACGACGCCUAUGGUGGCUGGAUAUUGAUCAACUCACCAACUACCGACGCAAAAGCCGCGAAACGAGGUCUGCCUCGUUUCGUAAUAGGGGUGGUUGGGACCUCGCUUGUUGUUCUGUUUGCGGCCAUUGCUCACAUUUCACUAUCGAGAAGAGGGUUUAAGUUUCAGUGGCGUAGUCCCGUGAGAUCAUUAGACGGGAUAUUUAGUCGUACGGAACCUGAAGGUGAUCAAGGCAACACAGUUGACUAUUGUUUAAUAGAUGACGAGUUACCGACUGAAUCUGGUGCUGAGUCUAUAUCUGAUUCUAGAACUAAUGCUGUUACAUCAGAUUCUGGAAAUAAGCUUGAACGAGUUAUAAUCACUGUUCCUGUGGAUUCUGCUCAAGAUGAAGCUCUAUCGAUUUUGAAGAAACUGAAGGUUAUUGAAGAUGAUAUUGAUGCUGGGGAGUUGUGUACUAGAAGGGAAUAUGCAAGAUGGCUAGUUCGUAUGUAUUCAUCACUGGAAAGGAAUCCAAAACACCAUAUUAUUCCAUCAGUCUCCCUUUCUGGAUCAACAAUUGCUGCUUUUGAUGAUAUAAGUUUUGAAGACUCAGAUUUUGAGUCCAUUCAAGCUUUAGCAGAAGCUGGUAUCAUACCCAGCAAGCUAUCACCAAACUAUGCAAAUGAUGGCUUGGGAGAUCGAGAGAAAAUUUGUUUUUUUCCCGAGAGGUUUGUCUCUCGCCAGGCUUUGAUAGACUGGAAAGCCCAAUUAGAUUAUGAGUUUGUUCCUGGAAUACUAGAACGGAUAUCAAGUACAAAGGUGGGUUUUAUGGACUUGAAGGAGAUCAGUUCAGAAGCAUCGCCACAACUGUUCGUGGAUAUUUUAGCUGGGGAUAGAAGCAUUCUCAGAAAAGUUUUCGGUCAAAUCAAACGAUUUCAACCAAACAAACCUUCAACAAAAGCACAAGCAGCAGUCGCAUUGGUAAGCGGCAGGAUGACAGAAGCAACCUCUGCUGAAUUGUCAAGACUGGAAUCAGAGAUUUCUGCAAGAAAAGCUGAGAUAGAAGUUAUCAAGUUGGAAUUAGUAGAAAGAGGAGACAUACAAAGGUCUUGGGAUGAGAAGCUAAUUGAGGAGAAAGAACGCCUUGUCAAGGUGGAGGAGCUUUAUCUUGCUGCGGUUACUGAUUUGGGAGACGAAAAGAUAAUUCAGGAGAAGUUAUUUUCCGAGUAUUUAAAGCAGAAGGCAUCUAUAGAUUGUCAGAGGCAACUUCUUCUGAGCCUUAAGGAAGAAGUUGAUGGGAUGACAGCAAAUCUUGCUAUUGAGAGAUCUGUAUGUGGGGCAGAGCAGAGUGAGCUAUAUAAUAUGCGUGCUGAUUUACAGAACCAGCUUGAGGGAAUGCUUGAUACGAAAUCUGUGCUUGAAGCUGAGAAAGAAGCUCUCCGUAUUAUAAGAUCUUGGGUAGAAGAUGAAGCAAGGAAAAGUCAAGCUCGUGCUAAGGUUCUCGAGGAGGUUGGACGAAGGUGGAGAUGGGACGAUCAAGCUUGAAUUUUGCCCAUACUACGUAGAGUUGUCCCCAAGUUUAUUCAUAAAUAUCGACAGCAAGAAGAGUUCACGUUGUAAUUUUGCAAGUACAAUGCAAUUCGGAUCAGAGGCUUCAUUACAGUAUCUUGCUGUCACAGCAGAUUUGAUUAUAAUUCAAUUCAGAUUGAGGAUUGAUUUGAUUAUGAUCAAGCUGAUCCUGAUCAUCCGGUGUAAACUUCAUUUGAACUUAGAAUAUAGAAAUUUUGGUGAUACUCGCUUAAAUCAACUGCACCAGGUGUACGGUCAAGCCGCGUGGCCAUUUUCACUCA